AUGAAGAACAUAAACCAGUCAUCAUCUUCUUCUUCCCCAAACUCAACGCCUUCAUAUUGUACCGUGGGGACGAUGCAGAAAAUUGAAUGGGUGACCACGGAAUUGUACUAUGGGGACGAUGCAGAACACGUUGAUAUCAUUCAGGGGAUUGAGAGAGGCGAUGCUUUGCCUAGAUUGAGGAGUUACGAUCAAAUUGCGCAGAUUGUGAAGAAGGUAGGGUUUGAGGUUGUGAAGGAGAAAGAUUUGGCGAAGCCUUCGGCAAAACCGUGGUGGACGAGGCUAAAAAUGGGGAGAUUUGCAUAUUGGAGGAACCACAUUUUGAUUACAGUGCUUGCUUUUCUUGGGAUUGCUCCGAAAGGUGUUGUAGAUGUUCAUGAAAUGUUGUUCAAGACUGCUGAUUAUCUAGUUAGAGGGGGUGAGACUGGGAUUUUCACUCCAAUGCACAUGAUCCUCUGUAGAAAACCGAAGAAGAAGACCGAGAUUCGAACAGAGAACUAG